AUGUCGAAAAAACGUUGCUUCACUACUGAAUCGCUGCUUGUCAUCUUGUCGAAAAAACGUCGCCUGACGAUUCCAUGGCUGCCACAUGAAGUCAUAGAGUGCAUCCUGGUGAGGGUUCCGGAAAUCUCUGCUCAGAUUCAAAGCUGUAUCGAGUCAAUGGAAGUCAACGAUCGAAUCACCAUUCUUUCAAAAAAGGCAAUUGAUCCAUCGUCAGCAAUCUGGAGAUCCAGACGUUCUCAUGUUCCCACAGAUCCUGACGAGGUAAACUCUUUAAGAACACUUGUGUUGGGUUCAUCAUGUUUGGUCGAGAUCCCUACUCCUAGGGAAAAUACGGAAUACUUUGUUUGCCAGAGUAGCUGUGAUGGUCUCAUUUUUCUCUACCAUAGCUACGUCGAAUACACACCCAAUUUUGUGGUCAAUCCCACCACAAGAUGGAAUCGGAGUCUUCCUCUGUGCCAAUUACAACAACUCAUUGUCGACUUAGGAUACAAUUACUUCAAGCUUAGGCACACUCCCUCUAAGCCUGCAUUUGGUAAAGACAAAUUCACGGGCACGUACAAGCCCGUCUGGCUCUACAACUCUUCAGAAAUAGGCCGAGAAAACGCUACUACAUGCGAAGUUUUCGACUUUAGCACCAAUGCUUGGAGAUAUGUCACUCCUUCUGCUCCUUAUCGGGUUGUUAGUUGCCCCUGUGAUCCUGUGUACGUAGAUGGGUCGCUCCAUUGGUUCACGGACUGCAAAGAUACCAAAGUUGUUUCUUUUGAUCUUCACACCGAAGUUUUUCAAGUCCUCUCUGAAGCUCCCUUUGCCAAUGCUCCGGUUAACGAGAUCGUCAUGGGCAACCUCCACAACCGCUUGUGUGUAUCCCUGAAGAAGUGCUCCAACCAAGUGAUAUGGUCAUUUGAUGUAGUCAAUAAAACAUGGGACCAAAUGUGUACCAUAGAUUUGGAUUUUAUUUCUCGUCGGUUUGAUAUCCCAAGUGAAACACUUGUAUGCGCUCUCUCUCCCCUGGCACUUUUGGAUGGUGGGAAGAAGAAGAAGAAGAGGAAGAAGUUGCUGUUUUAUGAUUUUAUAUCACGCAAAGCACUGAUAACAUAUGAUCUUGAAACCAGAUCAUAUGAUACUGCUUUCUCUGAUAAAUCCAUCGGAGAUCCGGUUUGUUAUUUCCCGAGUUUGUUCUCUGUUUCUUAAGUUUGAUUAUUGUCAAUGCAUAAUUUAUAUAAUUCUUUGCUUGUUUGGUUAUCCAAGUUUGCAACUCUACAAUAAUUAUUUUUUUUUUCUUUCUUUUUCUUUGUUGUCUCUCAUAUAUUCUAGCUCUCUUUUAAGACUCAAAGAAAAGGCUAAAAGUUAC